GAGGAAGAGGAAGAAGAAAGAUGGAGAUGGCGCUCGGCUUCCGCAGUCCUUCGCGUGCCCUGCUAAACCCUGGCGCGAGAGGUCCCCGCCCUUCUCCUCCUCCUCAGCCGGCGAAGCAGCUCUUCGGUCUCGGCACGGGCGGCUUAUCUUCGCCCCCCCUCGCCUCCGGGACGAGCCUCCUCCGGUGCCGCUCCGAGCGUCGAGUUCGCCGCCCCCGCCCCAUCGCUUGCUCCGCCGCUCAGACCGCGGAGACCCCUACCGAGAAGAAGAGCCAGUUGAUGAGGAGAAGAGACAUAAGGAAUAUAGCCAUUGUUGCGCAUGUCGACCACGGGAAAACAACUUUGGUGGAUUCUAUGUUGAGGCAAGCCAAGGUUUUCCGUGAUAAUCAAUUCGUGCAAGAAAGGAUAAUGGACUCGAAUGAUCUUGAACGCGAAAGGGGAAUUACAAUUCUUAGCAAAAACACUUCUAUUAAUUACAAAGACACGAAAAUUAACAUAAUCGACACACCGGGACACUCUGACUUUGGAGGUGAAGUGGAACGCAUCCUUAAUAUGGUGGAAGGAGUGCUGCUCGUGGUGGAUUCUGUUGAAGGUCCUAUGCCACAAACAAGAUUUGUCCUGAAGAAGGCAUUGGAAUUUGGUCAUGCUGUAGUUGUUGUCGUCAAUAAGAUUGAUAGACCAUCUGCUCGUCCAGAUUUUGUCAUCAACUCCACUUUUGAAUUGUUCAUUGAACUAAAUGCGACAGAUGAACAGUGUGAUUUCCAAGCAAUAUAUGCUAGUGGUAUUAAAGGAAAAGCUGGGCUUUCCCCCGAUAAUUUGGCGGAAGACCUUAGCCCACUUUUUGAGGCGAUAAUCAGAUGUAUACCCGGACCACGUAUUGACAAAGAUGGCGCAUUACAAAUGCUUGUCACAAAUAUUGAGUAUGAUGAACAUAAAGGACGAAUAGCUAUUGGGCGCUUGCAUGCUGGGACUUUGAAGAAGGGCACUGAUGUGAAGGUAUGCACUUCAGAAGAUUCUUGUCGAUAUGCAAGAGUUAGUGAGCUUUUUGUGUAUGAAAAAUUUAUUAGAAUUCCUGUAGAAAGUGUCGAAGCGGGUGAUAUAUGUGCAGUCUGUGGCGUCAACGAUAUCCAGAUUGGAGAGACAAUUGCUGAUAAAACAUCAGGGAAGCCAUUACCUGCCAUCAAGGUGGAGGAACCGACAGUGAAAAUGUCAUUUUCUAUAAACAUAUCACCAUUUGUUGGACGUGAGGGAAAAUAUGUUACUAGUCGGAACUUACGUGAUCGACUAUAUCGUGAACUUGAGCGGAAUUUGGCAAUGAAAGUUGAAGAUGGUGAAACUUCUGAUACCUUCAUAGUCAGUGGGCGUGGUACCUUGCAUAUCACCAUUCUGAUUGAAAACAUGCGAAGAGAAGGAUAUGAAUUCAUGGUGGGCCCUCCUAAGGUCAUUAGCAAAAAGGUGAAUGACAAGUUGCUGGAGCCAUUUGAGAUUGCUACGGUGGAGGUACCAGAAGAGCACAUGGGAUCUGUCGUUGAACUUCUUGGCAGAAGGCGUGGGCAGAUGUUUGAUAUGGAGGGGGUCGGGUCAGAGGGAACUACUUUGCUUAGAUAUAAGAUACCAACUCGUGGCCUUCUUGGACUGCGAAAUGCAAUUUUAACUGCUUCUCGGGGAACGGCUAUUCUCAACACAAUAUUCGAUAGCUACGGUCCUUGGGCUGGUGAUAUCAACACUCGGGAUCAAGGAUCAUUGGUUGCUUUUGAGGAUGGAACAAGUACAUCCUAUGCCCUUGCAAGUUCUCAAGAGAGGGGUCAGAUGUUUAUUGGUCCUGGCGUGGAUGUUUAUAAAGGUCAAAUUGUAGGAAUUCAUCAGCGUCCAGGGGAUCUAUCCCUCAAUGUCUGCAAGAAAAAGGCAGCAACCAAUGUACGCUCUAACAAGGAACAAACUGUGGUGCUUGAUACGCCAAUGGAUUAUAGUUUGGACGACUGCAUAGAAUAUAUUCAGGAAGACGAACUGGUGGAGGUGACUCCCUUAAGUAUCCGGAUGUGCAAAAAUCCUAAACUUUCAAAGAAGCCUAGGUGAAACUUGCAAGAAGUCGAGGUGAAGGUGAACAGCUGAACAUCUGCUUGUUGCCUUAUUAGUCAUCUGCAGGUCGAGCAACAUAUCUGUCAAGUUUACAUGUUGCUCUCUCUCUCUCGCUCACUUUCUGCGGGAGGGUAUAUAGUGAAUGUUGGAAGCUCUCUACACAAGCUACUUUUGGCGAUCCACCUCAUUUGGUCAUCCAGAUCAUGCCCAUUUUUUUUUAACCUUUCUAACUCCUAGCGAGUUCAUACAUACAGAAAGGGACAUCAAGCACUGUAUCAUUGCCAAUUGGAGGUCAUAGUUAAAUGUACUACUAAUUUUGCACAUCGAUAGUGAAGCAUAGAAUAUACCCUUGUAUUCUUUCACCCGAACGAAUCAUACAAUGGAGAUCUGCAGAGAUUCACUGCCA